AUGGCUGUCUCUGAAGACAUUUGCAGCACAAAAGAUGUCACAUUGCAGCCACCCACCUGUCCAGCCGAGAGCCCCUGUCCCAACUUGAAACGGAAGCAGCUCAUGUGGCAGAAUGCCGUGCGUCACAUUAUAGACCGGCGAGAUAUCCAUGAAGAUGUCCAAAAUACUUCUACGCACAAAAUAAUAGUCACUGAUUCCUACAUCGAUGACAUUAAUCGCCAGAUCCGCAACAAGGCCACACGGGGCAACAUCGGGCACUACAAACGCCGUUCAUCAACUGCCCGUAUCCACCCUGUUCGAGAGCGUGAAUCAACAGCUACACAGAAAUCCACAGACUCCAUGAGUGAUGGUGACUUCAUCAGUUGGGGCACCACAGUGCGAGGGGUCUUCCUCCCAACCCUCCACCACACAUUUAAAUCCCCCGACCUGGAGCGCUUGUACCAGCAGCACUCCUUGGCUCAGCGUCGCACCUCCCUGGUGGUCACCAAUGUCAUCGAUAUACUCACCAAGCUCCACAUACUCUUCAUCUACCUGGCCAUGGCUCCUGAGAUGGUAGACUCCUUGCAAGGCUGGCUGGCUGGGCUCUUCAUGGCCAUCGGUGCACUUUUAUGUUUUUUGGUCCUGACUUGCAAGGGGGCCAUGUCUCCAGAGUACCUCCACUAUGCAGGUUUGGCCAGCUGGUUGUCUCAGACUGUGCAGGCUCUGGGUGGGUUGGUUUAUGGACUGGAAAAGGACCAGUCUUGGUAUGUACUCUUCACACUCUUUGCCACUUACACAUUGCUACCUCUGCCUCUGCUGUGGUCCAUCUGCACCGGCUGUCUCACCGCAGCCCUGCACCUGCUAGUUGAGGCCCUUGGAAACUACAAUGAAUCUGCCAUUGUCAGAAAGCUGCUAGCGAAAGGUCUGUUGUACAUGGGGAUGAACACUGCAGGACUGUUCAUAAACUACCUGUCAGAUCGCACUCAGAGACAAGCCUUCCUUGAGACACGGCGCUGCAUUGAGGGGAGGGUCAAAUUGGAGCGAGAAAAUCAGAGACAGGAGCGCUUGGUAAUGUCUAUUCUACCUCGUUUCAUUGCCUUGGAGAUGAUAGCUGACAUGAGUGCCAUGGGGGAUGACUUACUGCCUCAGCAAUUCCACAAAAUCUAUAUCCACCAGUACAAAAAUGUCAGUAUCCUAUUUGCUGAUAUAAAAGGCUUCACCACUCUCUCCAUGACAAUGUCUGCUCAGGACCUCGUACGUACACUGAAUGAGUUGUUCGGUCGCUUUGAUCGCCUUGCAGAGGAGCACCACUGUAUGAGGAUAAAGAUUUUGGGGGACUGUUAUUACUGUGUUUCUGGAGUACCAGAGCCCCAGAGAGCUCAUGCUCGCUGCUGUGUGGAGAUGGGUCUGGCCAUGAUCAACACCAUACGAUAUGUUCGCAAUGAGUUAAAGCGAGAUGUAGACAUGCGCAUUGGAAUCCACUCUGGCUCAGUACUCUGUGGGGUUUUGGGUCUGCAGAAGUGGCAGUUUGAUGUGUGGUCCUGGGAUGUCGACGUUGCCAACAUGUUAGAGGCAGGAGGAAUCCCUGGGCGAAUUCAUAUCUCCCGGGCGACCCUGGACUGUUUGGAGGGAGUGUAUGAGACAGAGGAAGGUCAUGGCCAUGAGCGUAACGAGUUCCUGCGCAAACAUAAGAUCGAUACAUUCCUCAUCUGUCACACACUGCAGGAGGACAUUGAGCCCCCUAAAGCACGGAGGCCCAGUCGAGAGGAGCUACCCUUUGACAACAUCAUUGGCAUGAACUGUAUCUUAGCCACUUUCACCAAUGGCUCCUUGGUGCAACUGCCUAAUCCAACUGCUGCUCAGUGCUCCCGUUCCCGAGAGAUCAACAAGAGGAUUGAGCAAGCCAUUGAAGUCCGCAGCAGUGAACGCUUGCAGAAAGAACACAUCACACCCCUAACGCUGGUCUUUAAGGACAGUAAUGUGGAGGAAAAGUUUUCACAAAUGAGAGAUGAGAUGUUCAAGUCCAAUGUGGUCUGUUCCUUUUUUGUACUGCUCCUCAACAUGACUGCACAGUGUCUCAUGCCUGCCCCACAGCUCAGCCCUAUGGUGCUCCAGUUCUUAGUGUUACUUGUGGCCUACUCAUUGCUAUUGCUGGUCACUUUGGCUGAGGAGUUCAAGUGGUCGCCAACGUGUCUCCAGCACCUGUGCUGCUGGAUCCAUGAGACCAAGAGCAUCCGCAAUCUUCUCACACUCACCGCAAUUGCCAUGAACUUUGGGGUGGCAUCUUCAGACAUUUUGUGGUGCAGCACAGUUGAAGCAGAGGCUGCAAAGAACAAUAAGAGCUCAGAACAGCAAGGAGCUCAAUGGCCAGUCAACAUCUGCACCUAUCCAGAGUUCUUUAUUCUGAGUGGGGUGGUGGCUAUGGUGACAUGUGCCGUGUUCCUGAGGCUGAGUUGCCUUUUGAAGCUUGCAAUGCUGAUGCUGGUCAUUACUGUUUACACAUACCUUAUCGAAGUGGCCUUCCAUGUGCUCUUUAUUCGUGAACACCAAAAUGGACAAAUUCAAAGGUCUCAGUACUUGAGAAGAAAAGGCAUCUCUGUGCUGUUGAUGGCCAUGUUUGUUGUUGUAGUACUCUACAACAGCAGAAAGUUAGAGACGACCGCCCGACUGGACUUCCUGUGGCGCCUACAAGCUAGACAGGAAGUAGAGGACAUGAAGGACUUGAGAGAACAUAAUGAGUGUCUGCUUUACAACAUUCUCCCUGCUCAUGUCGCCAGACACUUUCUUGAAAGAGAUAGGAAUGAUGAGGACCUGUAUUCUCAGUCUUAUGAGAAAGUGGGGGUGAUGUUCGCCUCUAUCCCGGGUUUCACUGACUACUAUGAGCAGAAGGAAAUGAUUAAUCAAGAUGUGGAGUGUCUGCGCUUGCUCAAUGAGAUCAUUGCUGAUUUCGAUGAGCUUUUGGAUGAGCCUUACUUCCACGACAUUGAGAAAAUCAAAACUGUCGGCAGUUGUUACAUGGCUGCCUCUGGACUUUCUCCUGAUAAAAAGGAGCGAGAGGAUGAAUGGGCUCAUCUCUGUGAGUUAGUACUUUUUGCUUUGGCCAUGCAAGAAAUACUAAAUGAAAUAAACAAGCGAACCAACAACAACUUCAGACUACGAGUUGGCAUUGCCCAUGGACCAGUAGUGGCAGGAGUCAUUGGUGCCACCAAGCCACAGUACGAUAUCUGGGGGAUGACAGUCAAUCUGGCUAGUCGGAUGGACAGCACUGGAGUGAGCGGGUGCAUCCAGGUCCCAGAGAGCACCAGCCACAUCCUGGCUGACCACGGCUUCGUUCUGGAGCUCCGGGGUGACAUCUAUGUCAAAGGGGUGAGCGAGCGGCAAGGAGGCGUCCGCACAUACUUCGUGAACAGCAGGGAGCAGAGGUCCAGUCAUGCUGAGAAGACGGCCACUAGGAGGCUUACUCUGGGAAGAAACACUUUGGCUGCAGUGGUCUUUGGUUUGGUGCAGGCCCGCAAGAGGGAGACAUUGCGUGAGGCUAACGGAGUCUUUCAUCUAAUGGAGAUGACGUGAAGUCAAAUGGAAACCCAGAUGUCACAAGUUUGUGUGUUAUUGCUUCCCAAGAUUUUGAAAUGAACUCCAUAUAUCUCAUAUGUUUAUGAAUUGAAGUGUAUUUCUGGUACAGUAUCACAGCCUCCUUAGGACUUAAAGAGAGCAAGACAAAGGGAACCUAUUUUUGUUGGUUGCAGUUGCAGAACCUUCUGAAAUUGCAGUAUUUAACAACAACCCCCUCCCUCAACUGCAACGACUCCUAAUUAAACUUUGAUGCACAAAUCUAGCAUAUAAAUCUAAAUUAUUCUAUAAUAUUUGUGCAAACAAUUUGAGUUGUUUCGGCAGCUCCUCUCUGUGCCAUUUUUUUGUACAGAAAGAAUGGUAAAAGUGUAUACACCAAUAGAAAAU